AUGUCAGCUGACGAAAAGCCUACGAUUCUCCAUAUUGGAGAUCCGAUUAAAUACAAUCAUGAACUUUACGAGAAGCUUGAAGCGAAAUUCACCAUUAUUCGACCUUCAGCAGAAGAACGCCAGCGUGGCCCGUUUAUAGAAGCCCUUCGACAGAAGAAAUGGGGUGACUUUCAAGCCGUCAUGCGCCCAUUCUGGAUCACAGGUGGUGAAAUGGGACGCUGGGACCGGGAAUUGAUUCCGCUUUUGCCCAAGUCGGUCAAAGUGUAUGCAUCGGCUGGGGCUGGCUAUGACUGGGCUGAUGUCGAUGUCAUGGCCGAAGCGGGCAUUCUAUACUGCAAUGGUGCAGCGGCAUCUUCUGAGGCAGUUGCUGACAUGGCACUUUAUCACAUUAUCUCUGUCUUUAGAAAUAUGCAGUGGUCUAACAUGGCGGCUAGAGGGAGCGAGGAGGAGUUCAGAGAUGCUCAUGCUCAUACCCAGCUCACAGCAUACAACCCCCGUGGUCAUACACUCGGUAUGAUUGGGUUGGGCAACAUCGGGUAUCAGAUUGCCCUCAAAACUUACAAGGCACUGGGCAUGCGCAUCGCCUACCACGAUCCUUUUCCAAAGUCACCAGAGCAAGAAGCCGUCAUUGAGGCAAAACACUAUGCAAAACUCGAAGACAUGCUGGCAAUCGCCGACUGUGUUGUGAUCGCUGCCCCGGGCGCGGGUGGAAAGAAGAUUCUAGGACGAGACGAGAUUGCCAAAAUGAAGAAGGGAUCACGACUGGUCAAUAUCGCACGAGGUAGUUUGGUGGAUGAAGAAGCUGUCGCCGAUGCGAUGGAUUUGGGACAUCUGUUUGCGGUGGGACUGGACGUCUUUGAAGAUGAGCCAAGACCGAAUCCGAGAUUACAGAAGAUGAGGAAUGCUUCAUUGACGUGUCAUACGGCUGGUGGUGCGUUGGAUACUUCAAUUGGGUUCGAGAGGUUGGCUAUGGAGAAUGUUAUGGCUGUGCUUGAGGGCAAGGAGCCAAUUACACCGGUUAAUAAGCACCUAUUCAAGUAG